AAGAACAACCUAUUUGAAAAACGACAAUUCCCACAAACGUGUUCAGUUGCGUAGAGCGGGUUGAUGCAACGAGAAAACAAAAUUAAUGGAAGCUGGUAGAGAUAGAAGAAGUCAGACUGAAAUGGCUGAACCAAAGGCCCAAUGCAACAGCGAAAGGAAAGUGGCGGCUUUGCCGCCAACAUGCCUAGCAAGUGCAGACGGGAAGGGGGCCAGGCUGGGGGACUUCCCAGAGGAUUUUAAUCAGCUGGAGCUGCUGGACACACACAGACACCUGAUCCCCAUCGGGACCCACAGCCUGUGGCCAGAGGAAGAGAACGAGGAGGAGGAAGAGGAGGAUGGAGAGCGGAGCGAGGAGUGGUAUCAACAGCAGGAGAAGAAACGGGAGAACUGCCCGGAGGAGUUAGUGCUCUGGUCUGCAGAGAUGAACCGCGUUUCAACUGUUCGAAGGCUUCUGUCUACCAGUGCUGAGCUGGUAAACACUAGAGAUGAUGACAAAUACACCCCACUUCACCGUGCAGCCUAUAAUGGGCAUUUGGAGGUAGUAAAGGAGCUCAUAGCAUAUAAAGCUGAUAUUCACGCCAGGACUGUUGACGGGUGGACUCCGCUGCACAGCGCCUGCAAGUGGAAUAAUGCAAAGGUCGCCUCCUACCUCCUUCAGCAAGGAGCAGACAUCAAUGCACAGACUAACGGCCGGCUCACCCCAUUACACCUUGCCUCCAGCAAUAAAGACGCCAAAGAGACACUGGAGUUGCUGCUGAUGAAUCGAUACAUUAAACCACACCUCAAGAGCAGCAGUGACGAGACUGCAUUGGACAUUGCAAGAAGGACUAGUGCACACUACUACCUGUUUGAAAUUGUGGAGCCCUGUACAAAUUCUGUCCCUGAAUCCUGAAUCAAGGGGAUCUAUUUUAAUUUAUAGAAAUGUUAUGUAUUUGGUGUGAAUGUCAGUAAACAUAUAGAUUAAAGCAGGGCAUGGCUGUCAAUAACCAAUAACGCUUUGGGACCUAUUUUGAUGCAAUAUAGGAUAAAGGCGUCUGCCAAAUAAGUGUAAAUGCAGUGACAUUGUGUACUAGCAAAAUUCCAACUGCAGUUACACCAAUUUGCCAUUAGAUGUCACUGUAUGCAAUGCAAAAAAAAAGUAAUUUAAAACAAUAUAAAGUAAUUCUGUACUGGAAAAGGUGACCUUGUUUCUCAAUAAUAAUAAAAUGUAAAAUGUCUGCCCCUUGUAAAACAUCAGUGAAAUGUGUUUUCAACAGGUUUUAUUGACAAUUCCACCCCACAGAGGCAGUUCUGUAGAACAUUCUGACCCCUUAAAAUAAAAGGUUUGAAA